UGUUCAUCCGUCGAAGUGAUCGUGCAUAAUGAUAGUUAGAAAAGUUGUUACUAGUUUAAUGUUAAUUGGGUUGGCUGCUGAAGUCUGGUCACACGUUGAAAUAGAAGCCGAUGAUUACUUCUUUCCAUUGGAACCGGAAAUCAAUUAUUGCAAGAUGUCGGAUCAAUGCUGGCAUGACUUUGUGCCAAUCUGUGGUCAGGACGUCCGGGGUGUCACCAGAAUUUUCAACGACAAUUGUGACUUAUUUGAAUACAAUUGCGAUGAGAAAAGACAAUAUCGGCAUGUGAAGAUGGAUAUGUGUAAAGUGGAUUCUUAAGAGAUUAUGAUAAUAUAAUAUCAUUAUGUUGUUAUAAUGCUCGUCACUAGUUAAAUGAAAUUAUACUGUU